CUUUACAGUCCAGGCGGACGAAAGCUAUCAACCAUCAGCCAUUGGCAUCACUAGGCGGCUCAAAACCCGCUGAAUUGCAUUGCCGUCCAUUCAAAAUGCUCUCCAGAGCUGCUCGUCCGGCUCUUCGAGCUAGCGUCCAGCUGGCCGCUCGGCCAACCGCUGUCCAAUCUGCCAACUAUGCGACGCUCAAGGAAAUUGAGGGCCGUCUCAAGUCGAUCCGCAACAUUGAGAAGAUCACUAAGACGAUGAAGAUUGUGGCCUCGACCAAACUCACCCGUGCCCAGCGAGCCAUGAAUGAGUCUCGCGUUUACGGCCAGACAUCCAACGAGGUCUUUGAGAAAGCCGAGACCAAGCCCCUUGAGGGUGAGGGCAAAAAGACACUUCUUGUCGUCCUCUCCUCCGACAAGGGUCUCUGCGGUGGUGUCCACUCAGGCAUGUCCCGUCGCGCUCGUGCCAUCCUCAGCGAGAACCCGAACUUCGAUCUCGUUGUCGCGGGCGAGAAGUGCAAGUCCCAGCUGUCUCGUUCCAAUGGCAACCAGAUUGUGCUAAGCUUUGCGGGUAUUGGCAAGGACGUCCCUACCUUCGCCGAUGCGUCCGCCAUCGCCGACCAGAUUAUGAUGCUUCCAACCAAGUACUCGUCCGUUCAAGUCAUGUUCAACAAGUUCAUCAAUGCGCAGUCGUAUGAGCCGAUAGUCAUCGAUGCUUUUUCCACCGAAGCUAUUAUUGAGUCGCCGAAUUACACUGCGUACGAGGUGGAGGAUGAGACGCUAGGCAACCUCUCCGAAUAUGCCCUGGCCAACGCUCUCUACUGGGGUCUAGCUGAGGGUCACGCUGUUGAGCAAUCCGCACGGCGAAAUGCUAUGGACAACGCCUCGAAGAACGCUGGCGAUAUGAUCACCAAGUUCACCAUCCUGUUCAACCGAACUCGUCAAGCCGUCAUUACGGGCGAACUGGUAGAGAUCAUCACUGGUGCAACUGCCUCAGAGGACAUGUAAAAUCCCUUCAGUUGCAAGAGAUGGCGAUGAAAAGAACUUUUUCCUUUGUAUGUAGAACAGAUCAGCGAGCAUUUCACGCUCAAUGUGAAAUCUUUGUACAGUCUACAGAUAGUUUCUUUCAAGUGUGCCAUUUUCUUCUUCA